AUGAUAUUUCUACAAUUGGGAAAUUGUUAUAAACAAAGUUUUCAAUGUUUACAAUGUGAUAAUCAAAUAGAUGGUCCAGGUUGUGGUGAAUUUUCACAAAUUAUCCCAUUACAAGAAUGUAAAACAUUUUGUUAUUUUGCUAUUAUACGAAAUUAUACAACACAUCAUAAAAGACGUUUACUAAUAGCUACACGUGCAAUACGUGAUUGUUCAACUUAUAGUGAUAUUGAAGUUGAAACUGAAACAUUAUUAGAAACAAAAAUACCAAAUAUUCGACAUUAUCGUUCAUUAGAUAUUGUUACAAUUAAACGUUGUACAGGUGAACAAUGUAAUAAUGAAUUUUAUUUAAAAGAAUCAAAUGGAUCAUCAACAAUAAAAAUAACUAGUUGUAGUUAUUAUUAUUAUUAUUAUUAUUUAUUAACUAUUUCACUGUUAUUAUUCUAUUCGAAAAGAUAA